UCUCUGCAAAAUUGUCAUAGCACAACCUUCUAUCGCUUCACACACAAGUUCAUUCACAGAGAGAUAGAAUCACUGAAGAGCUUCAAUGGCGGUUUCUCUCUCUGUUACUCCUCUUUCUCUCUCCAAUUCUUCUCCUUCUCUAUCUUCCAAGCCAAAGUUUCCAUCUUUGUGCUUUCUCUCUGGCAACAACACCUUGAGGGUCAAAUGCCCAAAACCUUCGCACUCAACAACUGUUGUUCAUGUUGCUCCAGAAGCGUUGGAUUCUUCACCUGAUCCCUUAGACCCACCUCCAGAAACCCUUGAUGAUGACUCUGACGCCACCACCUUUGAGGUUGGUGACCUGGGGACUCCUAGCACUUCGGCAAUUAGCAUUGGUGGCGAUGCAGAUACAAUGGCACCAAAGCAGAAGAUUAGAAUCAAGCUUAGAUCUUACUGGGUGCCCUUGAUAGAGGAUUCCUGCAAGCAGAUAUUAGAUGCAGCAAGGAAUACCAAUGCAAAAACGAUGGGACCUGUGCCAUUACCAACCAAGAAGCGAAUCUACUGUGUUCUUAAAUCCCCACACGUACAUAAGGAUGCUCGGUUCCAUUUCGAGAUCAGAACACACCAGCGUCUCGUUGAUAUUCUAUACCCUACAGCUCAAACAAUAGAUUCUCUGAUGCAAUUAGAUCUUCCUGCUGGUGUUGAUGUGGAGGUCAAGCUCUAGAGAUAUUUGCUUUUCAGGUUGCUAACCAUUUUGAAUCUGAGUGAGGUUCAACUUGUUAUAUCAAUGGCCAAAAUAUAUUGGCAGAUAUCAUGUAUUUCACUGCCUAAACUUGAUUUCAAUGAACAAUGUUAAAAUCCUUUUGCUUGCUUCCCCCUUUUGUCCCCAACAAGGUUUCAAUUAGUGUAUUCCUGAUUUCCUGUUCUUGCUUAGAUAUUUGUAUAUCAUAUAAAAUGUUAUGUAAUUCUGAUGUGCCCACAAUCGCUUCAUUUUUUUCUCUUGAAAAUUAUGCUUAUGAAUUUAUUUA